CGUCAGGUCCGGCUUUCGGUGGACAAAGUGUGGGCAAGAUUAUCUGCGACUGCAUAGCCUCCAGCGUGCCCCUCCAAGGUGCACAUGCAUUCCGCCUUGGGACGUGUCCAUCCGAACGGCGCCGCAACCACGCAGGCAAGGGCACGGACGGCUUAGCGAGCGGGCAGACGGUCGCGAUUGUGCGCUUGGACUCUUCAGCGGACUCUGCCGGAAGCUCCGUUAGGAUCGCCCUGCCUAUUUCGUCCAAAUCAUCGCCGAAGAAUUGUAGGAUCGCAUCCAACACCUCAUCCAAGUCAUCCACGCCGUCAUCUAAUUCUGAUCGGUCUUCGUUCCCCCGCGUCGUGGUCGUCAAUUCGACGCCCAAUCGCACGCCACAUCCCACGCCCCCUGCGACACCAACGACGGAGAUCGUCGAGCCUCGCUACCGGAUCGAGGACCAGCCCGCUAAGGUCAGCCACGGCGACAAUCUGCGUCCUCCGACGCUUGUAUCUAUAAUGCCUACCGAGAAAUCCGUGCCCACGGAUGGUACGACGCAGGCUAUGCCUACUGGCUUGACGUCACCCGUCGCGUCGCCGGUGACGCCUGCGCAUGUUCUUUCGAGCGCGCCUGCGAGCGCGUUCAGUCCAGCACAUUCGCAAUCUACCGCAAAUCCGAAACCCAUCUCAGACAAGCGGACGGUCUCGGAUGUGCAGGCCACCAGUGCUCCAGUAAUGGCGCCCGCGGUAUCGUAUGCGGCCUCGGACACCAGCGAGGCCUCGACGACCGCGCCUGACACCACGAUGUCGACCGCGACCCUGUCGACUGCGCACACCUCGCCCCCGGCGAAGGACAGCCCUACGCCGAUGAGGAGAUCGAAGAGCGAAGGAGGGUCCAAGCGGCCACCCCUGGCCGAUGAGGAAGAGGUCGUGGAGGAUGACGACGAGGAGGAGGCCACGACUGCGCCCUCGACGUCUGUCCAUUCCGCUGGACAUAUGAAGAAGCUCAGUGCCAAGCAUGGCAAGCGAAUAGCUGCCCGCAUGCCGCGUCACAAGCGCGUCGUGCGCAGGAGUACGGGCAGCGAGAAAGAGAAGGAGAAGGAGGCGCAGAAGGAGAGGAUCAUGGCGUUCGCUGCCCAGGAGCGGGAGAAGCAGGAGCAGCUUUACCGGCGACAGCGCGAGCGCGAACGACAGGAGCAGCAGGAGAAGGAACGUGCGGAAGCACAGGCGAAGGAGCGCGAACGUGUACGCCGCGAGGAACUUCGUCUUCGCCAGGAACAGGAGCUGCAGAAGGAGCGCGAUCGCGCGGCACAGAUCAAGCGUGACGCACAGGAGCGGGAGGCAGCGGCGCGCAAGUUGGCCGAGACGAAGCGGAUAGUGCCCCGUCCUGACCGCCCACCGUCCCCCUCGCGGACGUACGUGCGCAAGAGCCGCUUCGACAUCGGCUCGCCGCAGUCGGACGACUCCAAGUCUACCGUCUCCCCCGCGCGGGAGGCGAUCGUGCCUAGCAGGCCAGUGAUCGGCGGCCUGGCUGGGCUACUCCACGCCGCCCCGUACGCUCCCCACGAGCAGCCGAGUACGCAUCGCACUUUGCCUCCGCCCCGACGCUCGCCGGAUCAAGUACCCCAGGCCCAGGAUGUCCGCGUGCCGACGGCGCCUGCGCUCGAGGCUAAGGUGAGGGCCAUGACGGAGGCUGAUGUUACCCCACGCCCGCCCACUGUCCGUGCUCCGACGUCGCGCGACCUGCCGCCGCCAAACGUUCUUGCUGAGGCUCUGAAACAGCAGGGUCAGCGCCAGCAGCCACCACGUAAGGUGGUGCAGCUUGAGGAGGCGAACGAUUCCUCAACGGAGGACGAGUCCGAAUGGGAGGAUGAGCAGGACUCGGAGGAAGAGGUGCGUAUCUCGAUCGUGCAGCAUAUCUGAUCUCAUCAAUAUCAUAGGUCCCGCCCCCUCCCCCACCUCCGCCAGCUCGCGGUAACCAGCCGCGUCGGCCCCC